AUAUUACGAAAAUUAUCAAAACGGAAAAGGUUAAGACGGAUCUGCGCAUGUGCAGUAUCGGUCUCCUUCAUUAACCUCUGGGCCCUUGUUAGCAGCGAGUUUUGAGAACCAAAAAUGUAUUGUGCCAGAUUUAUCAACCCUGCCACAAGAUGCGUGGUUUCUGCAGGAAGCCGAGCAGCUCUCCGACCACUUGGUAGCACUGUUGUAACUAGCAACCUAGAAACAUCACAAACAGUAUCCAAUUUAAAUGGGCUCACACCUGUAAAUUUUAACACACAGAUUUUAAAUCAAUUGAGAAAUUUCCAAACUAGUGCUGUUUCUCGAGAUAUUGAUCAAGCUGCAAAAUAUAUUGGCGCUGGUGCUGCCACAGUCGGUGCUGCAGGCUCAGGAGCUGGUAUUGGAAGUGUAUUCGGAAGUUUAGUAAUUGGUUACGCCAGGAAUCCAUCGUUGAAACAACAAUUGUUCUCCUAUGCCAUCUUGGGUUUCGCUUUGUCAGAAGCUAUGGGUCUUUUCUGUCUUAUGAUGGCUUUCUUGCUCCUGUUCGCAUUUUAAUAUACACAUCAUUAGGUUGCAUAAAAAGUUUUGUUUUGAUCAGGUGUGUGUGUAAAAAUAAAAACUAGGGGCCCAAAACGACUCAAGACAUUUGUUAGACUGAAAGAACAUUUACACGAAUUAUAUUUAAAUCAGUUGUAAAAUAUAUAAAGAAUUGUAUCUUAAUUCUGUAUAAAAAAAAAAAGCUAUUGACAAAGUGGCUCUUUCGUAGUCUGUUAUUAAAAAAAAAAUACUAAAAAAUAAAUAUAUUGAUCAAGGACCAAACUUUUUGUUGUGAUUUUUAUACGCCCACAUUUUGAUGUGGAAGUAUAUUUGUAGGAUGAUGCACUAUUUGAUUCAGUCCUACAAACCAAUCAUGAGUUUUGCAAAAUCCAACCAUAUACGGACAGUGUAGUGUCUCGAUUGUUAACUGUUAAUAAUUAUUGAUGCAUUGUUUGAUCAACUCCUACACACCGGCAAGAUUUUUAGAAAAUACGAACAGUGUCGAAUGUUAACUGUUGAUGAUUUUUGGAAGUAAACAUUUAACAGCAAUGUCUAAUACCGUUUUGAAGAAUUUCGACUUUGUGCCGUUAUCGAAUGUGUGAUAUUGAUAAUGGUGGUAUAUAAUAAAAGCUACAGUAGCAAGGAUGCCUCGACAGUAAUCUGCUUAGUUGACAGCACGGCAGUAGAGAUCUUUCGGCUACUCAAUUUGAGUAACUUUUCUGACUUGUUAGUAGGACUGGAUUGAAAUAAUUGCCUACUAUACAUGGGGAUAGUGAUAUUAAGAAUUUAAAGAGAGUUUAAGAAACAAAUGAUUAUAUCAAGAACUGGCCUGGCCCCCCCCCCCCAAAUUCACAAGACAUUCUCGGCCUUCAGUUAAGAAUUUACUCAACUUUCAAUCACUGUUUAUGAGAAAUAUCUUUGAUCCAGAAAAACAAACUUUGCACAUAGUUUCAUAUUGAUGUAUUUUAUAUAUUGAAACAAAAGUUUCUAAAGGGGCUCUAUUUUAGUUAAAAUAUGGUGAUUAAUUUUGAGUAAUUUCUAAGUCUGAGAAUGCUUCGUGAACUCGGGGCCUGGUAUCAUUUUUUGGCUGGGAUCGGAUCUUCGGGUAGAAAGAGAGGCCUCUAGUUAGACUUUAGCACAUGCAUUGAUCGACAAGUGAAUCAAUGAAAAUAAAAUGUACAUCUGUUAAUUUCAUCUAUCUAUAUUAUAUAGCAACCUAACAUGACCACGAAUAGAGUAAUUAUGUAACAAGUGGACUGGGAUCUUCGAGCAAAUGAACAGGGGUUAAUUUUGUGCCAUAAUUGAAAUAAGUGUACAGAACUUGAAUGUAUUAGUAUUGAUUGGCUAGUUACUAUGGUGAUAGAACAAUAAAAUUGAGGUUUAUAGAUA